GUGAGAGUCCACAAGCAGGGACUCCACCUCUUCAGCUGCUCGUCGUCCAUCCCUCCAGCUCUGCCCCCAACCUCUCCCCCCGCGCCUUCUCUCCAGACUUCUUCUCAACUGCGGCUGUCCUUCGUUGUGCUUUUCACUACCUGUAAUGGUCAUCGCUCCCUCAUUUCUUAAGUUUUUCUGAGGCUCCGGAGCUAACGAGCCGAGGUGUCUCCUUAUAAUUGUUCCUGCCCGUUUCACGGAGGACACCAUGCUGUCCGCACUCGGCGACUUCGCGCUCCUCUGCCUCUUCGCGCUAUGGGUGGGUUGCGGUGCUCAAAAAGAAGAAGAGCCAAUAGUAAAAUUUACAGAUUGUCCCGUGGAUCUUUUUUUUGUCUUGGAUACAUCUGAGAGUGUUGCGCUGAGGGCCAAACCACCAGAAUUCUACAUCGACCAGAUCAAGACAUUCACAAACAGAUUCAUCGAUCACCUGACUGACUACCGGCAACCCUGUGACCGUGAGCUCACCUGGAACUCGGGAGCGCUGCACUACAGUGAUGAUGUCAAGCUGGUCAAGGAACUGACGGACAUGAGGUCAAAGAAAGAAGACCUGAAGCGUGCAGUAAAUGCCAUAUCAUACAUUGGCAAAGGCACCUAUACUGACUGUGCUAUCAAGGAGGGUAUUGCGCAGCUGUUCAGCGGGGGUUCCCCUCACUCUGAGAACAAAUACAUUGUCGUGGUGACAGACGGACACCCUGACAAUGGCUACAAAGAGCCCUGCGGUGGCUUACAGGAUGCUGCCAAUGAGGCCAGACAGCUUGGCAUCAAGGUGUUCUCCAUAGCUGUUUCUCCAGACCAAGAGGACAACAGGUUGCUCAUCAUUGCCACCAACAAGGACUACAGGCAGAACUUCACGGCCGCGGGGCAAACGAUGCAGAGCAACAUGGAGACCAUCAACACCAUCAUCAACAUGAUCAAAAACGACACAGAAGAUGUGUGCUGUUCUUUUGAUUGUCACCCUAAAGGGGGGCCACCUGGGCCCGAUGGGGAUAACGGAGACAAGGGUGAAACCGGCAGGCAAGGGGUUCCAGGGGAAAAAGGUGACAUUGGCGAUGUGGGAAGACUAGGUGACCCCGGGCCUGCUGGCUACCAGGGCAUGAAGGGUGAAAUAGGAAGAAAAGGUGAAAAGGGAGUGAGAGGUCACAAAGGCUACAAGGGUGACAAAGGACAACCUGGAAUUGAUGGGUUAGAUGGACUUAAGGGUGAAGUCGGAUACCCAGGCCUGCCAGGGUGCAAAGGAGCUCCAGGCGAAGAUGGCUUCCAAGGACCACCGGGCCCAAAAGGAGAUCCUGGUCCAGCUGGUAGCAGAGGACCAAAAGGAGGCCGUGGGCAGGAUGGAGAGCCUGGUAGACCUGGGAGCAGCGGCUUGCCUGGACCCAAGGGAAACGGAGGAUCCCAAGGUGCUAAAGGAGACAAAGGCGAAAGGGGAGAUGAUGGUCCUCCAGGAGAAGAUGGACAACGUGGUAACCCGGGGCUACAAGGAGAGGACGGAGAGCCAGGUUCACGUGGAAGCCGAGGCCCUAAAGGAGAGCCUGGUGAACCAGGGCCCCGUGGUGAGCCAGGGCGGGAGGGCUCUACAGGGCCCAACGGUGAUCCGGGUGAACCAGGGCGGCCUGGUGGAAUGGGAUACCGGGGUGAUGAAGGUGCACAAGGACCUGAGGGGCCUAAAGGGCUAAGGGGCCUCAAAGGGUCACCAGGAGAUAGAGGAGAACCUGGCAGAAGGGGAGAUGAUGGUGCUCCAGGAAAUGGGACUGAAGGAUGCCCUGGCUUCCAGGGUUAUCCUGGUCCAAGAGGGGAUAAUGGAGAACCAGGUUCCAUUGGUUCUCCUGGACCCAAAGGAGACGAUGGAGAACCAGGGGAUCCCGGGCCAGAUAACAACCUUCCUGGAAAUCCUGGGCCAAAAGGAGCAAAGGGAUACAGCGGACGGGAGGGAAGGCCUGGUCCUCCUGGGCCACCGGGGUACCCUGGUGUUGAUGAAUGUGAGAUAUUGGAUAUCAUCAUGAGGAUGUGCUCUUGUUGUGAGUGCAAGUGUGGCCCGCUGAACCUGACCUUCGUUGUGGACAGCUCUGAGAGCAUUGGCGCCCACAACUUCAUGCAGGCCAAGCGCUUUAUUGUCGCCGUCAUUGACCGGCUGAUGAAAGACCAGAAAAUCAAUUUCGAUGGCAGCGAAUCUUCGGUGGGCGUGGUGCAGUACAGCGGGAACAAGGCCCAGGAGAUGGUGACACUGGAGACAACCAAGUCCCUGAGGAAACUGAAGCAAGCUGUGAUGGAUCUGCGCUGGUUGGCUGAAGCCACCUAUACGGGUCAGGCUUUGGAUUUUGCCCUGAAUAACAUGAUCCAGAAAAUGAGGACCCAGCGGAAGGUGGUGCUGGUGUUGACAGAUGGCCGCUCGGACAUCAUCAGGGACAAAGUCCCGCUCGACAUACUCUGUGGACACGGGGUCACGGUGGGUGCACUAGGAGUUGUGGAUUAUGCCGGGAGGAGCCCAAAUCCGGAGCAGAUGGACCAGAUGGUUUGUCAGAACAACAACAACCUCGGAGGAUUCUCCUCUACUCUUAACAACUUUGAUGAGUUGCUCGAGGAAGAUUUCCUGCAGAAUCUGACUGCUAAGAUCUGUGCAAGCGAGAACUGCCCUACUUAUGAGUGUCCAAUUUUCUUUAACACUAACACCGACAUCCUCCUCAUGGUGGACAGCUCUGCCAGCGUAGGUGCCAAGAACUUUGAAACAAGCAAAACGUUUGUGAAGCGUCUGGCAGAGCGCUUCCUAAAGGCAGAGAAGGAGUCCGGGAUCACGGUGCAGGUAUCCGUGUCCCAGUACAGCACCAAUGCCACAAUGGAGGUGAGCUUCACCGACAAAUACGCGAAUGUGGACUCCGGCAUCAACCGCAUGCAGUACAGGAACGGUGGCACAGACAUGAUGGCUGCCCUCCGCUUCGCCACCGAUCGCCUCAGACGACUCGGCAGAAGAAGUAAGAAAGUGCUGUUGUUCUCGGAUGGGCGCUCCCAGGGGCUGACGAUGACCAGAGUGGAGAACAACGUCCAGGAGCUGAAUAAUGCAGACAUCGAAUUAUACGUGCUAGCUGUGGGCAGCGUGGUGAACGAGGAGGUCCUACGGCUUUUGGUGAGCGCUGGUCGCCAGUACAACGUCGAGUACGCCCACCGCCACCUCUUCCGAGCCCCCGACUACGCCUCCCUGCUUAAAGGUGUCUUUUACCAGACUGUAUCCAGGAAGAUCUCCUUGUCUAAAGAAAUCAGGUUCCUGGGGCCUGUAGAAUUGCGGUGAGGGGCACGUCUGCAGGAGAUGAUGAGAUAUAACGGGAUGGGAAAAAUGCCUGUUUUUUGGAUGCAUUUCUUGACUUAUAUUACAGAGAACAUCUGUUAUAUUUGCAUGUUCCUGUGAAGUAACAGAGUACAUUUCAGUCAGUUACAACAGCUGAUGUCAUCAUGGGGUAGAUAAGAUGAUUUUUCUAGAAACAUGUUUUUUUCUGUGAAAGGGGUGGGGCUUCUGUAAAAAUUAGCUAUUUUUAGAGGUACCAGAGAAUAAACCAAUACUGCAAUGUGGAGCAAAAUGAUAAGAAAGUAAUAAUCUGGCUAUAAUUUAGCCAUUUACUCUAGUGGGAUGUAACAUGCCCUGCAAGGUUCAGCUCUCCUGUUUACACACAUUAUAGAAGGAUGACAACCAGGCUCUGAAGUAAACACAAUUUCAGUUUCUUUGCUGACUAAUACUUAAUAAAUGGUGCCUCCAACCACUUCUUCUGAUUUCCUAGCUCUGAGAAAUCUCUGGAUGCAAAAAAUAGUAAUGACACAAUCACAAAUGCUGUCAGAUGAUCAGUGGUUUUGUUUGGUUGCAUAUUACUUCCCUGUUUUAACGAUAACAAAUAAAAGCAAUCAUGUUAAUCAUGUUUUGUUCUGUUUAACACAGUUAUCUAUUUUUGGAAUAUAUGAAUGGUGCUUUAGUGGUACACUCAGGCUUCUUUUUUUGUGAAAAAAUGCAAAGAAAUUAGUUUUAAAUUGUCUCUCUGAAACCAAUUUUACCACUAGAAUUUUUUAUGUUACUCUCCUCUUUGUUUGUCUAAUUGUCUCGCCUGUGGAACCGCUGAUACAGAGAGUUCCUCACUUCAAUAAAGGCCACUUAGCCAAACUCCACCU